CUGGGAUAACAUGAGGGUGACAUGGAGAGGUGGCAUGUCUUUGAAGUGAUCAACCAAUAGUAGGGCAGCACAGAGAUGACGGAGUGCUUCCUGCCACCCAGUAGCAGCCCUGCGGAGCAGAGGAGGGCGGAGCACCCUGGGAGCGUGGCACGAACCCCAAGCUCCGAAGAGAUCAGCCCCACCAAGUUCCCGGGACUGUAUCGUACGGGCGACCCCUCACCCCCACAGGAAGGACACCACCAUGAGCCGCCUGAUGCCGUGUCCGAUGAGGAGAAGGAACACAAUAAGAAGAAGAAUAAGUUUAAGAAGAAGGAGAAACGGACCGAGGGAUACGCUGCGUUUCAGGAGGACAGUUCUGUGGAUGAGGCUGAGAGCCCAUCCAAGAUGAAGCGUUCCAAGGGCAUCAACGUUUUCAAGAAGCCCAGUUUCUCCAAGAAGAAGGAGAAGGAAUUUAAAGUGAAAGAGAAGGGGCCUAAAGAGGAGAAAGCCAAAGACAAGAAGUCUAAAGACCUGACGGCAGCAGAUGUGGUCAAACAGUGGAAAGAGAAGAAAAAGAAGAAAAAGCCCAGUGCCGAGUCUGAACCUGUCAUCGUGGAGACUCCAGUGACAUUGCAGCCGAUCUUCGGCGCUCCUUUGGCAGAAGCGGUGAGGAGAACAGCACUAUAUGAUGGGAUACAGCUUCCGGCCAUCUUUAGAGAGUGUGUGGACUACAUCGAGAGCUACGGGAUGAAAUGUGAAGGCAUUUAUCGUGUCUCUGGUAUGAAGUCUAAAGUGGACGAGCUGAAAGCAGCGUACGAUCGUGAGGAGUGUCUGUGUUUGGAGGAGUAUGAUCCUCACACAGUGGCCAGCCUGCUGAAGCAGUACCUGCGAGAGCUGCCCGAUAACCUGAUGAAUAAAGAUCUAGCUACGCGCUUCGAGGAGGCCUGCGGGCGGCCCAGCGAGGCGGAGAAACUGCAGGAGUUCCAGAAGCUCUUGGGGGAGGUGCCCGUGGGGAGCAGACUCCUCCUGGCCUGGCUCAUCACUCACAUGGACCAUGUCGUCGCACAUGAGGUCGAAACCAAGAUGAACAUCCAGAACAUCUCCAUUGUACUCAAUCCUACAAUACAGAUUGGUAACCGAGUGCUGUAUGUUUUUUUCACUCAUGUCCACGAGCUCUUCGGUGAUGUGGUUUUGAAGCCGGUGGUCCGUCCUCUGCGCUGGUCCAAUAUGGCAGCCAUGCCCACCCUACCUGAGACCCAGGAGACCAUUAAAGAGGAGAUUCGCAGACAGGAGUUCCUGUUGAAUCGUCUGCAUAGAGAUCUGCAGGCGGGUGUGAAGGAUCUGUCUAAGGAGGAGAGACUCUGGGAGGUGCAGCGAAUCGUCACCGCGCUCAAACGCAAACUCCGCGAGGCCAAGAGACAGGAGUGUGAGACUAAAAUCGCGCAGGAGAUCGCCAGCCUGUCUAAAGAGGACGUUUCAAAGGAGGAGAUGUUUGAGAAUGAGGAGGAAGUCAUUAAUCUGCUCCUGGCACAGGAGAAUGAGAUCCUUGCAGAGCAGGAGGAGUUGAUCUCUCUGGAGCAGGUGCUGAGACGACAGAUCGCCACAGAGAAAGAGGAGAUCGAGCGACUGCGCGCAGAGAUCGCAGAUAUACAGAGCCGACAGCAGGGUCGCAGUGAGACUGAAGAAUAUUCAUCAGACAGUGAGAGUGAGAGUGAAGAUGAAGAAGAACUACAGAUGAUUCUAGAAGAACUGCAGAAACAGAAUGAAGAACUUGAGAAUAAAAACACUCAUCUGAAUCAGGCCAUACAUGAGGAACAGGAGGCCAUUUUGGAACUGCGUGUUCAGCUCCGCCUUCUUCAUUGUCACAAGCUGCAGCAGGAGCUCACAGCCCCACCCAUAUCCGAACAGGCUCCACACUCCCUGCCCAGCCCAGAGGAACAAUCUUGAGCAGAUGAGCCAAUAAAACGCGGCACAGCAGCCAACAUAGUUUCCACAGGGGCAGCCGUGGCUACUGGGAAUGGGAAGCCAAUGGGAAGCCUGGAAAAAACGCAAUGAAACCAACACCCAGCAAAGACAAGCGAGAGAGCAACCUGUAAACUAUCACUAUACACUAUACUUCUCAAUCACUUCAGCCUUAUUUGAGUUUGCUCAUUGAGCUGCUGUGGCAUCUUGGGUUAAGGGUCAGGCUAAAACUCACACUCAAGAGUUUACCGCCAUUUCGCAAGGUGAAGCAAGAUAUGUUUAUUACACCAGGAGAAAACUGGACAGCAAAGAAUUGAACGUGGAGGAGGUAUUGUGAAAUGUAAAGGUCAAUAGGUCAAACGGGAGGAAAACGUUCCGUCAUUAAUGCAAUGGAAUAAAAUUAAAUGUAUUUGAUUUCAAUACUUGUUUAAAAUUAUGUAUGUGAAGUUUAAGCUGAAAUCAAUGGCAGUGCAAUCAGAUCUUUGUGAGUGCUCAAUUUAUUAUAUUUUGUUCUUUGACACAAGUCAAAUCUGACAAUGAGUGUAAUUCUCCUCUGAAAAAUAAUUUAAUAAAAAAUAGUUGAAAGCAUUAGGGAUUUUUUUUCUCAACUCUAAUGUACAUUUACAUUUACAUUUACAUUUAUGCAUUUGGCAGACGCUUUUAUCCAAAGCGACUUACAGAGCCCUUAUUACAGGGUCAAUCCCCCCUGGAGCAACCUGGAGUUAAGUGCCUUGCUCAAGGACACAAUGGUGGUGGCCGUGGGGUUAGAACCAGUGAUCUUCUGAUUAACAGCCCUGUACUCCAAACAUUACUCCAAACAUUACUUUUGGAAAUAGGAAAGAUUAGAAUAGAAGAACAGGGAGCCCUGCAACAGAUGCCAUGGACCCACAAAGCCCCCCACUGAACAUCGUGUCACUCUGAGAUUAUAUAAAGAGACAGAAGUAACUGAAACAGCCUAAAUAGACAGAAGAAAUGUGUCGACUUCUCCAAGAAGCUUGGAACAUCCUAUUUUCCAACAACCAAGAACAACUGUGUCCAGGUGUACCUUGGAGAACUGGAGCUGCAAAGGUGGUCACACCGAAUAUUGAUUUAGCUUUUUUAUGUUUACUGGACUUUGUAUGACAUUAAGUGAUAAAUGAAAAAAAUUUCAUUAUUUUUAAGACAUCCUCACUACACUACUAACAUUUUUCCUAAAGUACCUAAAA